AGUCAGCAGUGUGAGCAUGCCAACAAAGAAGUCAGCCUCCGAGCACCCAAAUCACACCACUAUGGACAUUCUAAAUCCCUUGACUACAGAGUGCAUGCCACAGCCUCUUAUAUUAAUGACGGUAGACACUAUAUACCAGAGUUGACUGCUGUUCGUUUACUGUUACACAGUUGAUCUUCGGUACUAGGCCACUUUGGUUGCAGUUCUACAGAUGUUAUGACCAAUAUGAACCUUGGAUUGUCACCUGGAAGUCAUACCAUAAAGUACGCAGAUAAAUGUCUCAAGCGACGUCUACAGAAGCAGCAACGCCAACAACUUCCAUCAGUUAAAAGGCGCAGACUUGUUCUGAAACAGGAGCGUUCGAUUAACCAGGGAGCUCUUGAAGCCUUAGAAGGUGUUUCAAAUCAAUCUGAAGUUGGCCAUUCCUCCAGUGUUGAUAUUGAGAAACUUCCAGAUGCUGUCCCGCGUGGCAAUUUCAAACCCGUGAAAGUUGAAAUUGGACAACCUACAAUCAUAGCCAUAGACCUGGAAACUACAGACCUGAUACGUGGUUCUGUUAUGCCGCACAUCACACAGCUGGCAGCAGUGGAGGUAAAGUCUGGUGCCCAGUUUGCAGUUUACACAAAACCAAAGAUGGCAGUUACAUCUGAAGCCCAAAGGGUAACUGGAAUAUGUGUUGAUGACAACGGUGAUAUAGUUGUGAAUGGAAAUCUGGAUGAGUCUAUUCAUAUUCAGUCUGCCAUUGAGAAGCUGUGCAGGUGGCUUGACCAGUUUUCCAAUGUGUUUCUCAUUGCUCAUAACGGAAGGAGAUUUGACUUUCCAAUUCUCAUGACAGCUGUACAGAAAACCAAAACCACAGAUGUCUUUUUCAAAUCAGUAUUUGGCUUUGUCGAUAGUUUGUCUGUGUUUAGAAAGAAGUACCCUGGAGAGUCAUUAAAACAGGAAGACCUUGCACGACAACAUCUUGGUAUGACAUACAAUGCCCACAAUGCAGAGGCUGAUGUUGAGGCUCUUGGACAUCUUCUAAAACUAUGUGAAGUGUCUGAUCUCCUAAACUUCAGUUUUUCUCCUGUGGCUGUGAAAAAUUCUUUACUGUUCAAUCGUGAAAAAUCGAAAAAUCUGCGCUCCUUUGAUCCAUUAAUAAGCAAGGGGAUAUGCAAACGUCCUACAGCAGAAAACAUUGCUGGCUCUGGUUUGAGUGUUGAACAUCUGAAAGUUAUAUUUAGGCGAUCAGGUGAAGAUGGACUUAGAAAUACAUUUACAGCUGUAAACUGUGAUGGCUUACCGAGAGUAACAAACUCAAAAAAAGUUCUGGAGGAAACUGGUCCCAAGUUUUGUCAGUAUUUUUCAUCAAAUGUACCUUCAUAGACAUAGGUACUUGUAUGAAUAAUCUGUGAUUCAGAAAGUACAUUAAUUGAAUCAUCAUUGAUGACAUGCUGGUUAGUAUAUUUGUGAAGUAUUUGCAUUUUGAUUAUGAUUUUUACUUGGUGUAUAAAAAGCAAGAUUUAGUCUUUUAUGGAAAACAAAUAUAUGCUGCCAAAUAUGUAAUUUUCUUGCAUACAAGACCAAAAUUUCCGGUAUUUUUGCUGGUGAUGGAAAUUCUAUCCUGCACCUCGGGGUGUCAGACAACUGUUGUGCUAUGAUUGAUGUAUAUUUCUCAAUUCAAGAAACACUAUUUUAUCAAAAAAUACAGAAAGUUAGGCAGAAACUGAUAAAAUAAUACUGGAACUAGAUCUUGUUACUUGUCUUCGAAAUGUUGUGAUGUCUUUCCUGUUUAUGGAUGUUGGUUUCACUUACUUUGUAUGAAUACACUACUAUACAGAACUAGCUACUAUACAGAACUAGUUCUAAAAAGAAAGUCAUUUGAUUCAUUUUUUUUUUAUUAUUAUUAUUUGAAUAUGGUAUGCAAGAAAAAGAUUCUAUCACUGGUUGUCGAUGUUGAUAGGAAUAUCCGGCUCUCGGUUAACUAUAUGUGUUAACUCGGCAGAGCCUCGUUACCCCCUAAACAGGUAACCAUUUCAUUUAGACAGGAAAUUCUAAUCUGCACUGAUUAUCAGUGAAAUAAUCAUAUAUAAUUAUGCAUGUACUAAACUCAGGAAUUUUUCUGUCUUUAGAAGAGGUCAAAAUUCAUUGUACUUGCCUGAAGUUGGCUCAGUAUUUUUCCAGCUGUGGAAAAAAUAUUUCGGUUUUUGUUUUCAGUCAGGACUUUCUCUAUUUUAUCAGAAACAUGUAAUUUACAAGACAUAAUGUUCAAUUCAGUCCAAAGAAUGUAACUUGUUGCAGUAUCAUUGAAACACAACUUCUUUAUGAAGUUCUAAUAGGCAAAAUUCACACUAAUUUUUCAAAGACACUGAUGACCAGGAUCUCUUACAAUGUCAACAGGAAAUGAAGAUUUUUAAAGAUUUUGAUAUCUUAACUGUCUUUUUAUAACUUAAACAGUUAGUAUAUAUAGUUGCAUGUAGAAAAUGUUGCUUUCCUUAAACAUAGUUUGAUCAUAUUUGAGACAUUGUGUAUUUCGUCAUUUUUUGUGAAAAUCUUGUUUGUGGGGUAGCCAUAUGCAAAAUUAUAUUUCUUAAAUUACAGAUGGUAAAAAUUUUUUUUCUUUGUUUAUUUUGUUUGAAAUAAUAUUUAGCUAAAAAAUAGAAGAGGUUACCUUAAUUGACUAGUAUUAAAUAGCUGAUUUUUUUUUAAUUAAAAAACAUGUAUUUUUGAUUAUUUGUGAAAAUUUGUGUGAUUUUUCUUGGGUAACCAUGCCAUUUAGCUUCAAAAUAUCUGAUUACUAUAGUUUGUGCUUUUAAUAUGCACUUGUUUCAUUAGAUAUAUGUAUUGUGAAUGAAAUGAAAUCAUAUAAUAAAUAAAAAGGGUGAAAAUUCAUUAAAAAAUAGUCAUUUUUGCAAAUGCACCCCUGGUACAAUUUAACGGAUUUUCAGUAAUAGGGGGUGGGCAAAUGAAAUCGCUAUAUUUCCGUAACUGUUGGUGAAAUUCUUUUAAUAUUUCACAUACAAUCCUGUAUUUGCAUAUAGAUUUUAAAAAUGUUAUGAUAUAGAGAAUCUGGAG